AUGGACGGUAAUGUGUGGUCACAGGUGAUAGAAAAAGACAAUACAAGUUCUUUUGAAGGCUUCAUCCUGGUGGGCUUCUCUGACCGUCCCCACCUGGAACUGAUCCUCUUUGUAGUUGUCCUCACUUUUUAUCUGCUGACUCUUCUUGGCAACAUGACCAUCAUCUUGCUUUCUACUCUGGAUUCCCGGCUGCACACUCCAAUGUAUUUCUUUUUGGCCAACCUCUCAUUCCUAGACAUGUGUUUCACCACAGGCUCAAUCCCUCAGAUGCUCUACAACCUUCGGAGCUCAGAUAAAACCAUCAGCUAUCUGGGUUGUGCUAUCCAGCUCUACUUUGUCCUGGCCCUGGGAGGAGUAGAGUGUGUCCUCCUGGCUGUCAUGGCAUAUGACCGCUAUGCUGCAGUCUGCAAACCCCUGCACUACACCAUCGUCAUGCAUCCACGUCUCUGUGGGCAGCUGGCUUCAGUGGCAUGGUCCAGUGGCUUUGGUAAUUCUCUCAUAAUGGCACCCCAGACGUUGAUGCUACCCCGCUGUGGGCACAGGAGGGUGGACCACUUUCUCUGUGAGAUGCCAGCACUGAUUGGCAUGGCCUGUGUAGAUACCAUGACCCUUGAGGCACUGGCUUUUGCCUUGGCAAUCUUUAUCAUCCUGGCGCCACUCAUUCUCAUCCUCAUCUCUUACAGUUACAUUGCACGAGCAGUGCUUAGGAUCAAGUCAGCUGCUGGGCGAAAGAAAGCCUUCAACACUUGUAGCUCCCAUCUAAUUGUUGUUGCUCUCUUCUAUGGUACAAUCAUAUACAUGUACCUACAGCCAGCAAACACUUAUUCCCAGGACCAGGGCAAGUUCCUUACCCUUUUCUAUACAAUUGUCACUCCCAGUGUUAAUCCUCUGAUCUAUACCCUGAGAAACAAAGAUGUUAAAGAGGCCGUGAAGAAGGUGUUAGGGAAAGGGAGUACAGAAGUACAGUAA